AUGUUUGCGCUGGCACCGGAAGCCAUUGCGGGCGACAAGCUAUCUUCUUUACGGGAUUUAGUUUUAAAUCCCCUCCGGGAGUAUCCAUUCGAUAAAUUGAAAUCGGCCAUUCUCGACACCCUUCUCCCAUCCAAGGAGGAACGGCUGCGGAAGUUAUUGGCACGCCAUCCCAUGGGUGACGCUAAGCACCAGCCAGCACCUAGCUCACCUGAGGUCCCUCGCCGGACCACACGAUGCCCAUUGGGACAUCGUCAGGGUGCUAUGGAUCGAGUCAUUACCGGUUCAUGUCCAGACCAUGGUAAUAGCUCUCCUGGAGGACACCUCGCUAGACAAGGUUGCUCCAAUUGUAGACUAAAUUAUGGCCCGGGUCAGCAACGCCAAGCCUUUGCUCGUUGCCAUGAUGUCGCACCAGUCUACUCCGCCACGUUCCGCACAGCGCGGUAA